AUGGCUCAGCAGCCAAGACCGCCGGCCCCCGCAGGCCAGCCGGCGUACCGCUGGGAGGGCGACUCGACCUUGCAUUCCUACACCUACGACUACAUGAUUAAGCGCGGCUGGACCGAGGCGGCGACACGGUUCGCGCAAGAAGCCGGCAUCGACGAGGCGGCGUGGGCCGGUCCGCCGAUCGAGGCGCCCCAAGGCCUCCUCUACGAGUGGUGGUCCGUCUUCUGGGACGUCUUCAUCGCGCGCUCGCAGAAAUCGGGCCCGCGCAACCCGAACGCCGACGCCUACGUCGACGCCAUGCGCGCCAAACGCGAGCCGUACACCGUCACGGUCGCUCCUGGCCCGGGCGCGGGCAUGGGCGCACCGCCGAGCAUGACGCUCCCGCGCUCGCUCGCGCACCCGUCGCGCGGCGUGUCGGGCUCGGCGGCGGCGUCGGCGUCGCCGUACGGGCAGCACCCGCAGCAGCUCCAGCAGCAGCAGCAGCAGCAGCCGCACGGCGGCGCAGCAGGAGCAGGAGGAGGAGGAGCGGGAGGGCCACCGCGAGCGGCGUACGGCCAGAUGCACGUCCUCGAGCAGCAGGAGCUCCAGUCGCAGAUGCAGCAGCGCGGACGCGUCCAGCAGCUCCAGGGCCAGGCGGGCAUGCGCCAGCUCGCGCCGUCGGCCUCGGGGGCGGGCGCGGCGGCGGCGGGCUCGCCGGGCGGGCCUGGCGGAGGAGGAGGAGGGCCCGGCGAGCAGGGCUACCCGCCCGGGCAGGGUCCACCGCCGCCGCAGCAGCUCCAGCAGCGCCAGAUGCAGGGCGGGCUCCCGCCGCAGCAGCAGCAGCAGCCGUCGCCGCACCCUCAGCAGCAGCAGCAGGCGCCUUACGGCCACGCGGCGCCGCUCUCGGCCCAGCAGCAGCCGCACCCGGGCCACGCGCCGCCGCCGCCGCCGCCGCACGGCGACGGGCCCUCGUCGAGCGUGCACGGCUCGCCGCAGCUCGUGCCGGCGAGCCACCCGUACGCCAACGGGCGCGGCGGCGGCGGCGGGCACGAGCAGCCGCAGGGACAGGGGCAGCAGGGUGGCGGCGGCGGCGGCAUGAACCCGGCGUUCCAGGCGGCCAUGGCGGCGGUUGGGCUUGCGGGGAGGGACCCCGAGUCGCUCGCCAACGAGGAGCAUGCCGCCAUCGCUGCGCAGAUGCGGCGCAUGGGCGCGCUCCCGCCGAGCCAGAACCCGGCGAUGCGGCAGGGCCUGCCUCAGCAUCAGCAGCAGCAGCAACAGCAGCAGAUGAUGAUGAUGCAGGGCCGGGCGCCUAUGCCGCAGCGCAUGCCGUCGGACCCGCAGGCGAGGAUGUACUUUCAGCAGCAGCAGCAGCAGGCUCAGCAGCAGCAGCAGCAGCAGCAGCAGCAGCAGCGCAUGAUGCAGUACGCGCAGCAGCAAGGCGGUCCGCCCAACGCCGGCUCGCCCGCCUCGCCCGCCUACACCUCGUCGCCCUACUCGACGCCGCACGUCGCCCACAUGCAGAUCCCUCCCGCUCCCCCUCCUCCCGGCCUGCAGCAGCAGCAGCAGCAGCAGCAGCACGGCAUGCACUCGUCACCGGCCCACGAGUUUGCCCAGCCGCCGCCGCUCCCGCUCGCCCAGCCGCCGCCCUCCCGCGCCGGCAAGAAGCCGCAGCAGGUCGGCGCCAAGGGCCCGCCGGGCACGAACGGCCUCGGGGCCAAGCGUGCCGGGGGGCCGGGCGCAGGAGCAGGAGGAGCGGGAGGAGGGCCGGUCGAGGACCCGUCGCCGCGCACGAGGAAGCGGCCCCGGCCUGGGACUCGCGGCGGCGGCGGCGGCGGCGGCGGCGAGGACGACCCGGGCACGCCGGCGUGGGAGCAGGCGCUCGGCGCGGGCAGCCCUGCGCCCGGCUCGCUGCCGCAGGCGCCAGGAGGCGGCAUGUACGGCCAGGACCCGGCGGGCCCGUACCGGCCGAGCCCGAGCCCGUCGGGCAUGAUGCAGCCGCCGCCGCCGAGGAACUACCAGCUCCAGCAGCAGCAGCAACAGCAGCAGCAGCACCACCAGCAGCAGUACCUUGGCGGCAACGGCGUCGACGGCUCGUCGAUGGGCAUCAACGGCGGCGGCGGCGGCGGUCCAGGUCAUCCCGGGCAGCAGCAGCACCCGGGCAUGGUCAACGGCAACGGCAACCUGAGCCGACCCGCGUCGGCCAUGUCGAACCACCACAUGUCGCCCGCCGGCGGCCCGGGCCCGAUGCAGCACUUCUCGCCGUCCAUGGCCGGCGGUCCUCCGCCGCCACCGCCACAAGGUCCCGACCCGCACGCCAUGUCGCCGGCUCAGCAGCAGCACAUGCAGAUGCAGAUGGGCAGCGGCGGCGGCGGGCCGGGUCAAGGCGACAUGGGCGGCCCAGGGCGGCCGUUCUCGACGCAGCAGCAGCAGCAACAGCCCCUCUCGGCCACAUCGACGCCCCUCCCUCCACCGUCGCAGCAGCUCGCGCCGCCACCGCCACUGCCGCCGUCGUCGUCGUCCGUCGACGUCAACGGUGGAGGAGGAGGCCCGAGCGGCGACUCGUCGCUUCAGUUUGGCGUCAGCGGCGGCGACGACAUGUUCUCGGGCCUCGACUUUGACACGUUCCUCAACAACGACAUGUUCGCCGAGGACCCGACGACGUGA